AUGUUUUCGAGGUUUGGUGGUUUAUUGGGAAAUGCCAUGACGGCUUGUACAAGCAGAUUAACAAGGUAUGUUUGGGAAAUUGAUAUCUUGAAUAAAAGUUAAAAGUUUGAAAAUUUACAGCCUUUUACCGUCAACAUCACCAUUCCAACAACAAAUCGCAUCGAUCUCAACAUCUCUUCCGUUUUGCAGAAAUAAUUUUCUUCAAUUUAUUCACUAUCGAAAUGGUCCACCAAAACGAAGAGCUCGAUCAAAGGAUAAAAGUCCAAUUAGUGGAUAUAAUCAUUAUAAGGGAAUUGUGUUGAAAAGUGAGUUUUAUUUUUUAAUGGGUGUUUAUAUUAAAAGGUGAUUUUAAUCCAUAAAAAUGAGCUAGAAUAGAAAAUCGUCAAUUCGAAGUUACUUUCAAAUGACGAUUUAUUAUUUUUAUCCAUAAAAAUGAGCUAGAAUAGAAAAUCGUCAAUUCGAAGUUACUUCCAAAUGACGAUUUAUUAUUUUUAUCCAUAAAAAUGAGCUAGAAUAGAAAAUCGUCAAUUCGAAGUUACUUUCAAAUGACGAUUUAUUAUUUUUAUCCAUAAAAAUGAGCUAGAAUAGAAAAUCGUCAAUUCGAAGUUACUUCCAAAUGACGAUUCAUUAUUUUUAUCCAUAAAAAUGAGCUAGAAUAGAAAAUCGUCAAUUCGAAGUUACUUCCAAAUGACGAUUUAUUAUUUUUAUCCAUAAAAAUGAGCUAGAAUAGAAAAUCGUCAAUUCGAAGUUACUUUCAAAUGACGAUUCAUUAUUUUUAUCCAUAAAAAUGAGCUAGAAUAGAAAAUCGUCAAUUCGAAGUUACUUCCAAAUGACGAUUUAUUAUUUUUAUCCAUAAAAAUGAGCUAGAAUAGAAAAUCGUCAAUUCGAAGUUACUUCCAAAUGACGAUUCAUUAUUUUUAUCCAUAAAAAUGAGCUAGAAUAGAAAAUCGUCAAUUCGAAGUUACUUCCAAAUGACGAUUCAUUAUUUUUAUCCAUAAAAAUGAGCUAGAAUAGAAAAUCGUCAAUUCGAAGUUACUUCCAAAUGACGAUUUAUUAUUUUUAUCCAUAAAAAUGAGCUAGAAUAGAAAAUCGUCAAUUCGAAGUUACUUUCAAAUGACGAUUUAUUAUUUUUAUCCAUAAAAAUGAGCUAGAAUAGAAAAUCGUCAAUUCGAAGUUACUUCCAAAUGACGAUUUAUUAUUUUUAUCCAUAAAAAUGAGCUAGAAUAGAAAAUCGUCAAUUCGAAGUUACUUCCAAAUGACGAUUUAUUAUUUUUAUCCAUAAAAAUGAGCUAGAAUAGAAAAUCGUCAAUUCGAAGUUACUUUCAAAUGACGAUUUAUUAUUUUAUCCAUAAAAAUGAGCUAGAAUAGAAAAUCGUCAAUUCGAAGUUACUUUCAAAUGACGAUUUAUUAUUUUUAUCCAUAAAAAUGAGCUAGAAUAGAAAAUCGUCAAUUCGAAGUUACUUCCAAAUGACGAUUCAUUAUUUUUAUCCAUAAAAAUGAGCUAGAAUAGAAAAUCGUCAAUUCGAAGUUACUUCCAAAUGACGAUUUAUUAUUUUUAUCCAUAAAAAUGAGCUAGAAUAGAAAAUCGUCAAUUCGAAGUUACUUCCAAAUGACGAUUUAUUAUUUUUAUCCAUAAAAAUGAGCUAGAAUAGAAAAUCGUCAAUUCGAAGUUACUUCCAAAUGACGAUUUAUUAUUUUUAUCCAUAAAAAUGAGCUAGAAUAGAAAAUCGUCAAUUCGAAGUUACUUCCAAAUGACGAUUCAUUAUUUUUAUCCAUAAAAAUGAGCUAGAAUAGAAAAUCGUCAAUUCGAAGUUAGUUUCAAAUGACGAUUUAUUAUUUUUAUCCAUAAAAAUGAGCUAGAAUAGAAAAUCGUCAAUUCGAAGUUACUUUCAAAUGACGAUUUAUUAUUUUUAUCCAUAAAAAUGAGCUAGAAUAGAAAAUCGUCAAUUCGAAGUUACUUCCAAAUGACGAUUUAUUAUUUUUAUCCAUAAAAAUGAGCUAGAAUAGAAAAUCGUCAAUUCGAAGUUACUUUCAAAUGACGAUUCAUUAUUUUUAUCCAUAAAAAUGAGCUAGAAUAGAAAAUCGUCAAUUCGAAGUUACUUUCAAAUGACGAUUCAUUAUUUUUAUCCAUAAAAAUGAGCUAGAAUAGAAAAUCGUCAAUUCGAAGUUACUUUCAAAUGACGAUUUAUUAUUUUUAUCCAUAAAAAUGAGCUAGAAUAGAAAAUCGUCAAUUCGAAGUUACUUUCAAAUGACGAUUUAUUAUUUUUAUCCAUAAAAAUGAGCUAGAAUAGAAAAUCGUCAAUUCGAAGUUACUUUCAAAUGACGAUUUAUUAUUUUUAUCCAUAAAAAUGAGCUAGAAUAGAAAAUCGUCAAUUCGAAGUUACUUUCAAAUGACGAUUUAUUAUUUUUAUCCAUAAAAAUGAGCUAGAAUAGAAAAUCGUCAAUUCGAAGUUACUUCCAAAUGACGAUUUAUUAUUUUUAUCCAUAAAAAUGAGCUAGAAUAGAAAAUCGUCAAUUCGAAGUUACUUUCAAAUGACGAUUCAUUAUUUUUAUCCAUAAAAAUGAGCUAGAAUAGAAAAUCGUCAAUUCGAAGUUACUUUCAAAUGACGAUUCAUUAUUUUUAUCCAUAAAAAUGAGCUAGAAUAGAAAAUCGUCAAUUCGAAGUUACUUCCAAAUGACGAUUUAUUAUUUUUAUCCAUAAAAAUGAGCUAGAAUAGAAAAUCGUCAAUUCGAAGUUACUUUCAAAUGACGAUUUAUUAUUUUUAUCCAUAAAAAUGAGCUAGAAUAGAAAAUCGUCAAUUCGAAGUUACUUCCAAAUGACGAUUUAUUAUUUUUAUCCAUAAAAAUGAGCUAGAAUAGAAAAUCGUCAAUUCGAAGUUACUUCCAAAUGACGAUUUAUUAUUUUUAUCCAUAAAAAUGAGCUAGAAUAGAAAAUCGUCAAUUCGAAGUUACUUACAAAUGACGAUUUAUUAUUUUUAUCCAUAAAAAUGAGCUAGAAUAGAAAAUCGUCAAUUCGAAGUUACUUUCAAAUGACGAUUUAUUAUUUUUAUCCAUAAAAAUGAGCUAGAAUAGAAAAUCGUCAAUUCGAAGUUACUUUCAAAUGACGAUUUAUUAUUUUUAUCCAUAAAAAUGAGCUAGAAUAGAAAAUCGUCAAUUCGAAGUUACUUUCAAAUGACGAUUUAUUAUUUUUAUCCAUAAAAAUGAGCUAGAAUAAAAAAUCGUCAAUUCGAAGUUACUUUCAAAUGACGAUUUAUUAUUUUUAUCCAUAAAAAUGAGCUAGAAUAGAAAAUCGUCAAUUCGAAGUUACUUUCAAAUGACGAUUUAUUAUUUUUAUCCAUAAAAAUGAGCUAGAAUAGAAAAUCGUCAAUUCGAAGUUACUUUCAAAUGACGAUUUAUUAUUUUUAUCCAUAAAAAUGAGCUAGAAUAGAAAAUCGUCAAUUCGAAGUUACUUCCAAAUGACGAUUUAUUAUUUUUAUCCAUAAAAAUGAGCUAGAAUAGAAAAUCGUCAAUUCGAAGUUACUUUCAAAUGACGAUUCAUUAUUUUUAUCCAUAAAAAUGAGCUAGAAUAGAAAAUCGUCAAUUCGAAGUUACUUUCAAAUGACGAUUCAUUAUUUUUAUCCAUAAAAAUGAGCUAGAAUAGAAAAUCGUCAAUUCGAAGUUACUUCCAAAUGACGAUUUAUUAUUUUUAUCCAUAAAAAUGAGCUAGAAUAGAAAAUCGUCAAUUCGAAGUUACUUUCAAAUGACGAUUCAUUAUUUUUAUCCAUAAAAAUGAGCUAGAAUAGAAAAUCGUCAAUUCGAAGUUACUUCCAAAUGACGAUUUAUUAUUUUUAUCCAUAAAAAUGAGCUAGAAUAGAAAAUCGUCAAUUCGAAGUUACUUCCAAAUGACGAUUUAUUAUUUUUAUCCAUAAAAAUGAGCUAGAAUAGAAAAUCGUCAAUUCGAAGUUACUUCCAAAUGACGAUUUAUUAUUUUUAUCCAUAAAAAUGAGCUAGAAUAGAAAAUCGUCAAUUCGAAGUUACUUCCAAAUGACGAUUUAUUAUUUUUAUCCAUAAAAAUGAGCUAGAAUAGAAAAUCGUCAAUUCGAAGUUACUUCCAAAUGACGAUUCAUUAUUUUUAUCCAUAAAAAUGAGCUAGAAUAGAAAAUCGUCAAUUCGAAGUUACUUCCAAAUGACGAUUUAUUAUUUUUAUCCAUAAAAAUGAGCUAGAAUAGAAAAUCGUCAAUUCGAAGUUACUUCCAAAUGACGAUUUAUUAUUUUUAUCCAUAAAAAUGAGCUAGAAUAGAAAAUCGUCAAUUCGAAGUUACUUCCAAAUGACGAUUUAUUAUUUUUAUCCAUAAAAAUGAGCUAGAAUAGAAAAUCGUCAAUUCGAAGUUACUUCCAAAUGACGAUUUAUUAUUUUUAUCCAUAAAAAUGAGCUAGAAUAGAAAAUCGUCAAUUCGAAGUUACUUCCAAAUGACGAUUUAUUAUUUUUAUCCAUAAAAAUGAGCUAGAAUAGAAAAUCGUCAAUUCGAAGUUACUUCCAAAUGACGAUUCAUUAUUUUUAUCCAUAAAAAUGAGCUAGAAUAGAAAAUCGUCAAUUCGAAGUUACUUCCAAAUGACGAUUUAUUAUUUUUAUCCAUAAAAAUGAGCUAGAAUAGAAAAUCGUCAAUUCGAAGUUACUUCCAAAUGACGAUUUAUUAUUUUUAUCCAUAAAAAUGAGCUAGAAUAGAAAAUCGUCAAUUCGAAGUUACUUCCAAAUGACGAUUUAUUAUUUUUAUCCAUAAAAAUGAGCUAGAAUAGAAAAUCGUCAAUUCGAAGUUACUUCCAAAUGACGAUUUAUUAUUUUUAUCCAUAAAAAUGAGCUAGAAUAGAAAAUCGUCAAUUCGAAGUUACUUCCAAAUGACGAUUUAUUAUUUUUAUCCAUAAAAAUGAGCUAGAAUAGAAAAUCGUCAAUUCGAAGUUACUUUCAAAUGACGAUUUAUUAUUUUUAUCCAUAAAAAUGAGCUAGAAUAGAAAAUCGUCAAUUCGAAGUUACUUCCAAAUGACGAUUUAUUAUUUUUAUCCAUAAAAAUGAGCUAGAAUAGAAAAUCGUCAAUUCGAAGUUACUUUCAAAUGACGAUUCAUUAUUUUAUCCAUAAAAAUGAGCUAGAAUAGAAAAUCGUCAAUUCGAAGUUACUUUCAAAUGACGAUUCAUUAUUUUUAUCCAUAAAAAUGAGCUAGAAUAGAAAAUCGUCAAUUCGAAGUUACUUCCAAAUGACGAUUUAUUAUUUUUAUCCAUAAAAAUGAGCUAGAAUAGAAAAUCGUCAAUUCGAAGUUACUUUCAAAUGACGAUUCAUUAUUUUUAUCCAUAAAAAUGAGCUAGAAUAGAAAAUCGUCAAUUCGAAGUUACUUCCAAAUGACGAUUUAUUAUUUUUAUCCAUAAAAAUGAGCUAGAAUAGAAAAUCGUCAAUUCGAAGUUACUUUCAAAUGACGAUUUAUUAUUUUUAUCCAUAAAAAUGAGCUAGAAUAGAAAAUCGUCAAUUCGAAGUUACUUCCAAAUGACGAUUCAUUAUUUUUAUCCAUAAAAAUGAGCUAGAAUAGAAAAUCGUCAAUUCGAAGUUACUUCCAAAUGACGAUUUAUUAUUUUUAUCCAUAAAAAUGAGCUAGAAUAGAAAAUCGUCAAUUCGAAGUUACUUACAAAUGACGAUUUAUUAUUUUUAUCCAUAAAAAUGAGCUAGAAUAGAAAAUCGUCAAUUCGAAGUUACUUUCAAAUGACGAUUUAUUAUUUUUAUCCAUAAAAAUGAGCUAGAAUAGAAAAUCGUCAAUUCGAAGUUACUUUCAAAUGACGAUUCAUUAUUUUAUCCAUAAAAAUGAGCUAGAAUAGAAAAUCGUCAAUUCGAAGUUACUUUCAAAUGACGAUUUAUUAUUUUUAUCCAUAAAAAUGAGCUAGAAUAGAAAAUCGUCAAUUCGAAGUUACUUUCAAAUGACGAUUCAUUAUUUUUAUCCAUAAAAAUGAGCUAGAAUAGAAAAUCGUCAAUUCGAAGUUACUUCCAAAUGACGAUUUAUUAUUUUUAUCCAUGAAAAUGAGCUAGAAUAGAAAAUCGUCAAUUCGAAGUUACUUUCAAAUGACGAUUUAUUAUUUUUAUCCAUAAAAAUGAGCUAGAAUAGAAAAUCGUCAAUUCGAAGUUACUUUCAAAUGACGAUUUAUUAUUUUUAUCCAUAAAAAUGAGCUAGAAUAGAAAAUCGUCAAUUCGAAGUUACUUACAAAUGACGAUUUAUUAUUUUUAUCCAUAAAAAUGAGCUAGAAUAGAAAAUCGUCAAUUCGAAGUUACUUUCAAAUGACGAUUUAUUAUUUUUAUCCAUAAAAAUGAGCUAGAAUAGAAAAUCGUCAAUUCGAAGUUACUUUCAAAUGACGAUUCAUUAUUUUUAUCCAUAAAAAUGAGCUAGAAUAGAAAAUCGUCAAUUCGAAGUUACUUCCAAAUGACGAUUUAUUAUUUUUAUCCAUAAAAAUGAGCUAGAAUAGAAAAUCGUGAAUUAGAAGUUACUUUCAAAUGACGAUUCAUUAUUUUUAUCCAUAAAAAUGAGCUAGAAUAGAAAAUCGUCAAUUCGAAGUUACUUUCAAAUGACGAUUUAUUAUUUUUAUCCAUAAAAAUGAGCUAGAAUAGAAAAUCGUCAAUUCGAAGUUACUUUCAAAUGACGAUUCAUUAUUUUUAUCCAUAAAAAUGAGCUAGAAUAGAAAAUCGUCAAUUCGAAGUUACUUUCAAAUGACGAUUUAUUAUUUUUAUCCAUAAAAAUGAGCUAGAAUAGAAAAUCGUCAAUUCGAAGUUACUUUCAAAUGACGAUUCAUUAUUUUUAUCCAUAAAAAUGAGCUAGAAUAGAAAAUCGUCAAUUCGAAGUUACUUCCAAAUGACGAUUUAUUAUUUUUAUCCAUAAAAAUGAGCUAGAAUAGAAAAUCGUCAAUUCGAAGUUACUUUCAAAUGACGAUUCAUUAUUUUUAUCCAUAAAAAUGAGCUAGAAUAGAAAAUCGUCAAUUCGAAGUUACUUACAAAUGACGAUUUAUUAUUUUUAUCCAUAAAAAUGAGCUAGAAUAGAAAAUCGUCAAUUCGAAGUUACUUCCAAAUGACGAUUCAUUAUUUUUAUCCAUAAAAAUGAGCUAGAAUAGAAAAUCGUCAAUUCGAAGUUACUUCCAAAUGACGAUUUAUUAUUUUUAUCCAUAAAAAUGAGCUAGAAUAGAAAAUCGUCAAUUCGAAGUUACUUACAAAUGACGAUUUAUUAUUUUUAUCCAUAAAAAUGAGCUAGAAUAGAAAAUCGUCAAUUCGAAGUUACUUACAAAUGACGAUUUAUUAUUUUUAUCCAUAAAAAUGAGCUAGAAUAGAAAAUCGUCAAUUCGAAGUUACUUUCAAAUGACGAUUUAUUAUUUUUAUCCAUAAAAAUGAGCUAGAAUAGAAAAUCGUCAAUUCGAAGUUACUUUCAAAUGACGAUUUAUUAUUUUUAUCCAUAAAAAUGAGCUAGAAUAGAAAAUCGUCAAUUCGAAGUUACUUCCAAAUGACGAUUCAUUAUUUUUAUCCAUAAAAAUGAGCUAGAAUAGAAAAUCGUCAAUUCGAAGUUACUUCCAAAUGACGAUUUAUUAUUUUUAUCCAUAAAAAUGAGCUAGAAUAGAAAAUCGUGAAUUAGAAGUUACUUUCAAAUGACGAUUCAUUAUUUUUAUCCAUAAAAAUGAGCUAGAAUAGAAAAUCGUCAAUUCGAAGUUACUUUCAAAUGACGAUUUAUUAUUUUUAUCCAUAAAAAUGAGCUAGAAUAGAAAAUCGUCAAUUCGAAGUUACUUUCAAAUGACGAUUCAUUAUUUUUAUCCAUAAAAAUGAGCUAGAAUAGAAAAUCGUCAAUUCGAAGUUACUUUCAAAUGACGAUUUAUUAUUUUUAUCCAUAAAAAUGAGCUAGAAUAGAAAAUCGUCAAUUCGAAGUUACUUUCAAAUGACGAUUUAUUAUUUUUCUCCAUAAAAAUGAGCUAGAAUAGAAAAUCGUCAAUUCGAAGUUACUUUCAAAUGACGAUUUAUUAUUUUUCUCCAUAAAAAUGAGCUAGAAUAGAAAAUCGUCAAUUCGAAGUUACUUUCAAAUGACGAUUUAUUAUUUUUAUCCAUAAAAAUGAGCUAGAAUAGAAAAUCGUCAAUUCGAAGUUACUUUCAAAUGACGAUUUAUUAUUUUUAUCCAUAAAAAUGAGCUAGAAUAGAAAAUCGUCAAUUCGAAGUUACUUUCAAAUGACGAUUCAUUAUUUUUAUCCAUAAAAAUGAGCUAGAAUAGAAAAUCGUCAAUUCGAAGUUACUUUCAAAUGACGAUUUAUUAUUUUUAUCCAUAAAAAUGAGCUAGAAUAGAAAAUCGUCAAUUCGAAGUUACUUUCAAAUGACGAUUUAUUAUUUUUCUCCAUAAAAAUGAGCUAGAAUAGAAAAUCGUCAAUUCGAAGUUACUUUCAAAUGACGAUUUAUUAUUUUUAUCCAUAAAAAUGAGCUAGAAUAGAAAAUCGUCAAUUCGAAGUUACUUUCAAAUGACGAUUUAUUAUUUUUAUCCAUAAAAAUGAGCUAGAAUAGAAAAUCGUCAAUUCGAAGUUACUUUCAAAUGACGAUUCAUUAUUUUUAUCCAUAAAAAUGAGCUAGAAUAGAAAAUCGUCAAUUCGAAGUUACUUUCAAAUGACGAUUUAUUAUUUUUAUCCAUAAAAAUGAGCUAGAAUAGAAAAUCGUCAAUUCGAAGUUACUUUCAAAUGACGAUUUAUUAUUUUUAUCCAUAAAAAUGAGCUAGAAUAGAAAAUCGUCAAUUCGAAGUUACUUCCAAAUGACGAUUUAUUAUUUUUAUCCAUAAAAAUGAGCUAGAAUAGAAAAUCGUCAAUUCGAAGUUACUUUCAAAUGACGAUUUAUUAUUUUUAUCCAUAAAAAUGAGCUAGAAUAGAAAAUCGUCAAUUCGAAGUUACUUUCAAAUGACGAUUUAUUAUUUUUAUCCAUAAAAAUGAGCUAGAAUAGAAAAUCGUCAAUUCGAAGUUACUUCCAAAUGACGAUUUAUUAUUUUUAUCCAUAAAAAUGAGCUAGAAUAGAAAAUCGUCAAUUCGAAGUUACUUCCAAAUGACGAUUUAUUAUUUUUAUCCAUAAAAAUGAGCUAGAAUAGAAAAUCGUCAAUUCGAAGUUACUUCCAAAUGACGAUUUAUUAUUUUUAUCCAUAAAAAUGAGCUAGAAUAGAAAAUCGUCAAUUCGAAGUUACUUUCAAAUGACGAUUUAUUAUUUUUAUCCAUAAAAAUGAGCUAGAAUAGAAAAUCGUCAAUUCGAAGUUACUUCCAAAUGACGAUUUAUUAUUUUUAUCCAUAAAAAUGAGCUAGAAUAGAAAAUCGUGAAUUAGAAGUUACUUUCAAAUGACGAUUUAUUAUUUUUAUCCAUAAAAAUGAGCUAGAAUAGAAAAUCGUCAAUUCGAAGUUACUUUCAAAUGACGAUUUAUUAUUUUUAUCCAUAAAAAUGAGCUAGAAUAGAAAAUCGUCAAUUCGAAGUUACUUUCAAAUGACGAUUCAUUAUUUUUAUCCAUAAAAAUGAGCUAGAAUAGAAAAUCGUCAAUUCGAAGUUACUUUCAAAUGACGAUUUAUUAUUUUUAUCCAUAAAAAUGAGCUAGAAUAGAAAAUCGUCAAUUCGAAGUUACUUCCAAAUGACGAUUUAUUAUUUUUAUCCAUAAAAAUGAGCUAGAAUAGAAAAUCGUCAAUUCGAAGUUACUUUCAAAUGACGAUUUAUUAUUUUUAUCCAUAAAAAUGAGCUAGAAUAGAAAAUCGUCAAUUCGAAGUUACUUUCAAAUGACGAUUUAUUAUUUUUAUCCAUAAAAAUGAGCUAGAAUAGAAAAUCGUCAAUUCGAAGUUACUUCCAAAUGACGAUUUAUUAUUUUUAUCCAUAAAAAUGAGCUAGAAUAGAAAAUCGUCAAUUCGAAGUUACUUCCAAAUGACGAUUUAUUAUUUUUAUCCAUAAAAAUGAGCUAGAAUAGAAAAUCGUCAAUUCGAAGUUACUUCCAAAUGACGAUUUAUUAUUUUUAUCCAUAAAAAUGAGCUAGAAUAGAAAAUCGUCAAUUCGAAGUUACUUUCAAAUGACGAUUUAUUAUUUUUAUCCAUAAAAAUGAGCUAGAAUAGAAAAUCGUCAAUUCGAAGUUACUUCCAAAUGACGAUUUAUUAUUUUUAUCCAUAAAAAUGAGCUAGAAUAGAAAAUCGUGAAUUAGAAGUUACUUUCAAAUGACGAUUUAUUAUUUUUAUCCAUAAAAAUGAGCUAGAAUAGAAAAUCGUCAAUUCGAAGUUACUUUCAAAUGACGAUUUAUUAUUUUUAUCCAUAAAAAUGAGCUAGAAUAGAAAAUCGUCAAUUCGAAGUUACUUUCAAAUGACGAUUCAUUAUUUUUAUCCAUAAAAAUGAGCUAGAAUAGAAAAUCGUCAAUUCGAAGUUACUUUCAAAUGACGAUUUAUUAUUUUUAUCCAUAAAAAUGAGCUAGAAUAGAAAAUCGUCAAUUCGAAGUUACUUCCAAAUGACGAUUUAUUAUUUUUAUCCAUAAAAAUGAGCUAGAAUAGAAAAUCGUCAAUUCGAAGUUACUUCCAAAUGACGAUUUAUUAUUUUUAUCCAUAAAAAUGAGCUAGAAUAGAAAAUCGUCAAUUCGAAGUUACUUCCAAAUGACGAUUUAUUAUUUUUAUCCAUAAAAAUGAGCUAGAAUAGAAAAUCGUCAAUACGAAGUUACUUUCAAAUGACGAUUUAUUAUUUUUAUCCAUAAAAAUGAGCUAGAAUAGAAAAUCGUCAAUUCGAAGUUACUUUCAAAUGACGAUUUAUUAUUUUUAUCCAUAAAAAUGAGCUAGAAUAGAAAAUCGUCAAUUCGAAGUUACUUCCAAAUGACGAUUUAUUAUUUUUAUCCAUAAAAAUGAGCUAGAAUAGAAAAUCGUCAAUUCGAAGUUACUUUCAAAUGACGAUUUAUUAUUUUUAUCCAUAAAAAUGAGCUAGAAUAGAAAAUCGUCAAUUCGAAGUUACUUCCAAAUGACGAUUUAUUAUUUUUAUCCAUAAAAAUGAGCUAGAAUAGAAAAUCGUGAAUUAGAAGUUACUUUCAAAUGACGAUUUAUUAUUUUUAUCCAUAAAAAUGAGCUAGAAUAGAAAAUCGUCAAUUCGAAGUUACUUUCAAAUGACGAUUUAUUAUUUUUAUCCAUAAAAAUGAGCUAGAAUAGAAAAUCGUCAAUUCGAAGUUACUUUCAAAUGACGAUUUAUUAUUUUUAUCCAUAAAAAUGAGCUAGAAUAGAAAAUCGUCAAUUCGAAGUUACUUUCAAAUGACGAUUUAUUAUUUUUAUCCAUAAAAAUGAGCUAGAAUAGAAAAUCGUCAAUUCGAAGUUACUUUCAAAUGACGAUUUAUUAUUUUUAUCCAUAAAAAUGAGCUAGAAUAGAAAAUCGUCAAUUCGAAGUUACUUUCAAAUGACGAUUUAUUAUUUUUAUCCAUAAAAAUGAGCUAGAAUAGAAAAUCGUCAAUUCGAAGUUACUUUCAAAUGACGAUUUAUUAUUUUUAUCCAUAAAAAUGAGCUAGAAUAGAAAAUCGUCAAUUCGAAGUUACUUCCAAAUGACGAUUUAUUAUUUUUAUCCAUAAAAAUGAGCUAGAAUAGAAAAUCGUCAAUUCGAAGUUACUUUCAAAUGACGAUUUAUUAUUUUUAUCCAUAAAAAUGAGCUAGAAUAGAAAAUCGUCAAUUCGAAGUUACUUCCAAAUGACGAUUUAUUAUUUUUAUCCAUAAAAAUGAGCUAGAAUAGAAAAUCGUCAAUUCGAAGUUACUUUCAAAUGACGAUUUAUUAUUUUUAUCCAUAAAAAUGAGCUAGAAUAGAAAAUCGUCAAUUCGAAGUUACUUCCAAAUGACGAUUUAUUAUUUUUAUCCAUAAAAAUGAGCUAGAAUAGAAAAUCGUCAAUUCGAAGUUACUUUCAAAUGACGAUUUAUUAUUUUUAUCCAUAAAAAUGAGCUAGAAUAGAAAAUCGUCAAUUCGAAGUUACUUUCAAAUGACGAUUUAUUAUUUUUAUCCAUAAAAAUGAGCUAGAAUAGAAAAUCGUCAAUUCGAAGUUACUUUCAAAUGACGAUUUAUUAUUUUUAUCCAUAAAAAUGAGCUAGAAUAGAAAAUCGUCAAUUCGAAGUGACGAUUUAUUAUUUUUAUCCAUAAAAAUGAGCUAGAAUAGAAAAUCGUCAAUUCGAAGUUACUUUCAAAUGACGAUUUAUUAUUUUUAUCCAUAAAAAUGAGCUAGAAUAGAAAAUCGUCAAUUCGAAGUUACUUUCAAAUGACGAUUUAUUAUUUUUAUCCAUAAAAAUGAGCUAGAAUAGAAAAUCGUCAAUUCGAAGUUACUUCCAAAUGACGAUUUAUUAUUUUUAUCCAUAAAAAUGAGCUAGAAUAGAAAAUCGUCAAUUCGAAGUUACUUCCAAAUGACGAUUUAUUAUUUUUAUCCAUAAAAAUGAGCUAGAAUAGAAAAUCGUCAAUUCGAAGUUACUUUCAAAUGACGAUUUAUUAUUUUUAUCCAUAAAAAUGAGCUAGAAUAGAAAAUCGUCAAUUCGAAGUUACUUCCAAAUGACGAUUUAUUAUUUUUAUCCAUAAAAAUGAGCUAGAAUAGAAAAUCGUCAAUUCGAAGUUACUUCCAAAUGACGAUUUAUUAUUUUUAUCCAUAAAAAUGAGCUAGAAUAGAAAAUCGUCAAUUCGAAGUUACUUUCAAAUGACGAUUUAUUAUUUUUAUCCAUAAAAAUGAGCUAGAAUAGAAAAUCGUGAAUUCGAAGUUACUUUCAAAUGACGAUUUAUUAUUUUUAUCCAUAAAAAUGAGCUAGAAUAGAAAAUCGUGAAUUCGAAGUUACUUCCAAAUGACGAUUUAUUAUUUUUAUCCAUAAAAAUGAGCUAGAAUAGAAAAUCGUCAAUUCGAAGUUACUUUCAAAUGACGAUUUAUUAUUUUUAUCCAUAAAAAUGAGCUAGAAUAGAAAAUCGUCAAUUCGAAGUUACUUUCAAAUGACGAUUUAUUAUUUUUAUCCAUAAAAAUGAGCUAGAAUAGAAAAUCGUCAAUUCGAAGUUACUUUCAAAUGACGAUUUAUUAUUUUUAUCCAUAAAAAUGAGCUAGAAUAGAAAAUCGUCAAUUCGAAGUUACUUUCAAAUGACGAUUUAUUAUUUUUAUCCAUAAAAAUGAGCUAGAAUAGAAAAUCGUGAAUUCGAAGUUACUUCCAAAUGACGAUUUAUUAUUUUUAUCCAUAAAAAUGAGCUAGAAUAGAAAAUCGUCAAUUCGAAGUUACUUUCAAAUGACGAUUUAUUAUUUUUAUCCAUAAAAAUGAGCUAGAAUAGAAAAUCGUCAAUUCGAAGUUACUUUCAAAUGACGAUUUAUUAUUUUUAUCCAUAAAAAUGAGCUAGAAUAGAAAAUCGUGAAUUAGAAGUUACUUCCAAAUGACGAUUUAUUAUUUUUAUCCAUAAAAAUGAGCUAGAAUAGAAAAUCGUGAAUUAGAAGUUACUUCCAAAUGACGAUUUAUUAUUUUUAUCCAUAAAAAUGAGCUAGAAUAGAAAAUCGUGAAAAAUUUAAAUAGAAUGAAAAUGUUUUUCUUGAUUAUUUUCCCCACUUUUCCAAUUCCUCAUUUUCAGCUGUAAUUCGUCACCCAAAAAAACCGAAUUCCGGUAACCGUAAAUGUGCAAUUGUGCGAUUAUCAACUGGAGCUGAAGUGUGUGCAUAUAUUCCGAAUGUCGGUCAUAAUCUUCAAGAACAUUCACAAGUUUUGGUUCGCGGUGGUCGAAGACGUGAUUUGAUUUCGGUUAAAGCUAAUAUUGUUCGCGGAAAAUUCGAUUGUGCUCCAGCUGGUGGACGAAAAUAA